UUUGCUUUUUUUGUGAAUGAAAAAAGGAGGUCGUGAGCGGUCCCCGGGACUGCGGCGUUCGGCGUCUUAAGGCUGCGCGCGUGCGGCGGCCUCGCCCGGCACCUCGCUCACCAGCGCACCGCCCGCAACCUCCGCAGCGCAGCCGGGCGGCGGCGCGGCCCAGCGGCCGGAGGUCCGAGCGGCGGCGCGCAGUCCGGCUCCACGAGCCUCCAUGACAUUGGGCGCCCGGGGCGCGCGGAGAUGCUGAUCCGGAAGAGGCAGUGGCUGCAGUGCAGCGCGCGAGGCUGCUCACGCGCCGCGGUUCGGCCUGGGCUGCUGUGCCAGAGUUUCUGAUCGCACCCGAACAGGGACCCCAGGAGACUGGAUCCCCAGCACAGAGCAGCGGCGUCGGCGGCGCCCCAACUUGCUUGCACGCGCGGAGUGACCCCAGACAUCUCACUAAAAUGAGCGUGCUUAGCAGGAAGAGAUGUGUUCCCUACACUAGAAAUUACCCCGUCACAUGUAGUGGUGUCCCAAUUAAUGGAUUCUGACAUGGAUUAUGAAAGACCAAACGUAGAGACCAUCAAGUGCGUGGUGGUGGGGGACAACGCGGUGGGCAAGACCAGGCUCAUCUGUGCCCGGGCCUGCAAUGCCACCCUCACCCAGUAUCAGCUUCUUGCCACCCAUGUGCCCACAGUGUGGGCCAUUGACCAGUAUCGAGUAUGUCAGGAGGUGCUAGAGCGCUCCCGAGAUGUGGUAGAUGAUGUCAGUGUCUCCCUGCGCCUCUGGGACACCUUUGGAGACCACCACAAAGACCGGCGGUUUGCUUACGGAAGAUCCGAUGUGGUGGUUCUGUGUUUCUCCAUUGCCAACCCCAAUUCCCUCCACCAUGUCAAGACCAUGUGGUACCCGGAAAUCAAGCAUUUCUGCCCCCGAGCUCCUGUCAUUCUGGUGGGCUGUCAGCUGGACCUUCGCUAUGCUGAUCUGGAAGCCGUUAACCGGGCCAGGAGACCCUUGGCUAGGCCCAUCAAGCCCAAUGAGAUCCUCCCCCCAGAGAAGGGUCGGGAAGUGGCCAAGGAGCUGGGGAUCCCUUACUACGAGACCAGCGUGGUGGCCCAGUUUGGUAUCAAAGAUGUCUUUGACAAUGCCAUCCGGGCCGCACUCAUCUCCCGCCGCCACCUGCAGUUCUGGAAAUCUCAUCUGCGCAAUGUGCAGCGGCCUCUACUGCAAGCACCCUUCCUGCCCCCCAAGCCACCGCCCCCCAUCAUCGUGGUGCCCGACCCCCCCUCCAGCAGUGAGGAGUGCCCCGCCCACCUCCUGGAAGACCCGCUCUGUGCGGACGUCAUCCUGGUGCUGCAGGAGCGCGUGCGCAUCUUUGCCCACAAGAUCUACCUCUCCACCUCCUCCUCCAAAUUCUAUGACUUGUUCCUCAUGGACCUGAGUGAGGGGGAGUUGGGGGGCCCCUCAGGGCCAGGGGGCCCCCGCCCAGAGGACCAUCGGAGCCACCCUGAGCAACACCACCAUCAUCACCAUCACCACCACGGGCGGGACUUCCUGCUUCGGGCAGCCAGCUUUGAUGUGUGCGAGAGUGUGGACGAGCCUGGGGGCUCUGGUCCUGCUGGCCUCCGGGCUUCAACCAGUGAUGGGAUCUUAAGGGGUAAUGGAACGGGGUACCUGCCUGGCAGAGGGCGUGUGCUUUCUUCCUGGAGCCGAGCUUUUGUGAGUAUCCAGGAAGAGAUGGCGGAGGAUCCUCUGACCUUCAAAUCCCGGCUUAUGGUGGUGGUGACGAUGGAUAGCUCUAUUCAGCCGGGACCCUUCCGGGCUGUUCUCAAGUACCUGUACACAGGGGAGUUGGGUGAGAAUGAGCGAGACCUCAUGCACAUCGCCCACAUUGCCGAGCUGCUAGAGGUCUUUGAUCUACGUAUGAUGGUGGCCAACAUUCUCAACAACGAGGCCUUCAUGAAUCAGGAGAUCACCAAGGCCUUCCAUGUCCGCCGGACCAACCGGGUUAAGGAGUGCUUGGCAAAGGGCACCUUCUCAGAUGUGACCUUCAUCCUGGAUGAUGGGACCAUCAGCGCCCAUAAACCCCUACUGAUUUCCAGCUGUGACUGGAUGGCUGCCAUGUUUGGGGGGCCAUUUGUGGAGAGUUCUACCAGGGAGGUGGUGUUCCCGUACACGAGCAAGAGCUGCAUGCGAGCCGUGCUGGAGUACCUCUACACGGGCAUGUUCACCUCCAGCCCAGACCUGGAUGACAUGAAACUCAUCGUCCUAGCCAACCGCCUCUGCCUGCCGCACUUGGUCGCCCUCACAGAGCAGUACACAGUGACCGGGCUGAUGGAAGCAACCCAGAUGAUGGUGGACAUCGAUGGGGAUGUCCUUGUGUUCCUGGAACUGGCACAGUUCCACUGUGCCUAUCAGUUGGCUGACUGGUGUCUCCACCACAUCUGCACCAACUACAACAACGUGUGCCGCAAGUUUCCCCGAGACAUGAAGGCUAUGUCCCCAGAAAACCAGGAGUACUUCGAGAAGCACCGGUGGCCGCCAGUCUGGUACCUGAAAGAAGAGGACCACUAUCAGCGUGCGCGGAAGGAACGCGAGAAAGAGGACUACUUACACCUGCGGAGGCAGCCCAAGCGGAGGUGGCUGUUCUGGAACAGUCCCUCAUCACCGUCCUCCUCAGCAGCGGGCUCGGCGUCCCCGUCCUCCUCCUCCUCGGCCGUGGUCUGAGAUGCAGCCACCCACUUCUGAUCCUGCUGCUGUUGUCCUCAUUAGCCCUUGUCCUUCUGCUCUUCUUUACCAUCCUCUCCACCCGACAGGGCACGAGGGAACUCACCUAACAAGGGCCCUACGGGCAGAGCCGUUCUCACCAGCCAAUGUGGCUCAGGCCAAGAGGAGCCCGGCCCUGCAGAUCAGAACAGGGUCCACCUCCAAUUCCAGGCAGAGCAGGAAGACAUCUGCCCCGAGGUGGGGAGCAGGGCGGAGCUCAGAGCUCUGGUGUUUUCUCUCUGGACUUGACAAUAGAGCCAAUGGAGGAAAACUUCCCUGGACGUGGGCUUGUCUGUAUUGGUCUCUGCUUUGGCCGGGGAGGCAGUUUCCUCCCCAUGUUUUUUUCACCAACAGACUUGAGGGUAGCACGUAUUCUGUGCAGGGUUACAAGAGUUCCGUGAGCAUUAAAUACCCCGCUUGAGAAGUCAGGGUAGGAAAGAAGUCUGCAGAGCCCAUGUCAUGAGUUAUGGCUGCUGGGGGCGGGGGAGGAUGGUGUAAAGUGCAUCCUGCUAGCAUCUUUUAGGGGCCACAGGCUAUGCACAUCUAGCGGCAGGUGGCAGCGUUGAUUUAGGGUUCAGGUUUGAGGGCGGUACCUCUUAGUCCUAUGAGAUUUCCUCUACCUCGCCCCUCCUGCACUCCUCACAUUUUGAACGUGAAAGGAGAAGGGGGAAGGGUGGGCGCUUUGCUCAGCAAUCCCAUGAUCCUUUAGGCCUCUUCCCCUGUCUCUGGGUAGCGCUGCUUUUUUAUGGGGCAGGGCAAAAGCAGCCCAACAAAUGACAACCAAACUCAAAAGGAAAUCACCACCAAGACCACUCUAUCCUCUGUAUCCUCCCCACCCCGUCCCGCCCCAAAGAUUGAAGUUCCAAAAAGAGACCCUGUAGGGUAUGCAUUUUCCUAAAGCGGAACUCAGGCCUUUACAAUAAUGUGGACACAAAGGGCUAAUGGUCCCAGCUACUGCAAUGCCUUUCGGGAGAGGACUCAAGUCCCCUCCAUAUCCGAGGAUGCUGUUGCCCAAGGUUGCAGGCUUGCAGGGAAGGUUUUAGCUUCCAGGCCUAAGUGACUUUGGACCUUUUCCAUCUUGAUGCAGGCUAGCCUUCUCUUCCAAGGGUGACUUCACAGGAUAGAUGGGAGCUUGUGCUUCCGGGGAUGGGAUGGGCAGGGUGGGAGGCGUUCGGCAGGGGUUAAGUGUCAGGAAAGGACACACUGGGGAACAGGCCACACAGCACGACCUGGUACUGGCUGAGGAUAAAGGGAAGGAGAGAGCGGGAGAGCUGAGCGGGAAGGAAACGAUGUUAGUCCAGGGAGGAAUCUGGGUGACUGAAGAAUGUACACAGUGACUUGAAGCCCCCAUGGGACAAACACUGGGCCUCAGUUGACCCUUUCCAUUUCGUAAUUAUAAUCCAUAUUCAGCUCCUUUGACCAUAUUUUAGACUUGAAGUGGAGGUACAGGGACCUGGAUAGGUUGCUUAGGUCUGGGAUUAAAGCAAACCCAGAAACAAAUGCAACCCUACAGUUGUAUGGUACUGGGACCUAGAGUUCUGAUCUUGUGUCAGAAGGAAUAGGCAGUAGCCCCUCUCACCUGGUACUGAGCCCCAUAGUCUGAACCUGGAACCACCAAGACUGCAGCUGCCUUGUGGUCAAGGCCUCCAGAGUCGCUGGCUGGGGAAGUGUGUUGUGUGCUGCCCUCUGCUGGCUAGUGUGCCCUCCUGCAGCUGAAUUCUAAAUGACUUCAAGUGUGAAAGGGCAUGUCAGCCUGCCUCUCAUCCCUUCCUUUGAGGACAGAGAGAGGGAUGCAUCUCCUGGGAGCUAAGGAAGAAGUAGAGUCCAGUCCUAAAGAGCAAGGGGAAUCAGGUCUCUCAAUCGAGCAUCACUGGUGAGGAGGAUGGACAGGCCAGUGGGAGAAAGGGAGGAUUUAUGGAGUUGGAGGGAGGUCAAGGAAGACCAUGCCUCACCCAGGCCAAUUUACCCCUCAGGGACCCACCCCCAAUCCUCACAUCUGUCAGAGUGUCAGGUAAGCCCUACCGUCUAGUAGAACCACCCGGGGGGGGGGGGUCUGUGAAUGAGCAGACGAGAGGACAUGCAAAGCCCCUUAGUCCAUGGGUGCUCUGGAUUCCAGGGAGACAGAAGCAGGAGAUACUUCAGUGCGGGGCAAGCCUGUGACAUGAAAGCCCCCCAGCAGGGGUCAGUGACACAAGAACAUGCUCCCCUGGACUAUGUCACUCAGUAUUGUGUUAGCGGAUGGGGGCACAAACAAACAAACCCACACCUUUUUAUAUAAGGUUUCAUAUUUAAUUUGGUCAUGAAUUCAUAAUACAUGAGUAUUUUGUACCUAA